AAUUUCAUUUAUUGCUCAGUUCCAUUCAUUACCACUCGCCUGGCCAAGGAGCCAAAGUACCAACCUUACUCAGAGAAAUAAUCAUAUCUUCUGAAAUGAUGAAACUUGGACACUUGUUUUCUCCUAGAAAAUCACGAAAUUUAGAGUGAACUUGCUUUGUAAUUAUUAUCUUACACUUUGAAAACUUGAGGCUUUACAUUUUAGCGUGAGUAAGCAAAUAAGAGCCGCAACGUACGCCGAUGCUGUCAGGUCCAGCAAUGCUAAGUAUAUUGUGAAAAUAAUCGUCUCGUUUAUCACGAUGUCUGAUACUACCAGUCAAUCCUCAUCAGAGUUUGGUCUGGACAGCCAAGGUAGAGUGAUUAGAGUUGACCCCAAUCAAAGUCAGCCAAUACUAAGACUUCCCAGUGUAGAGGAAACUUUGCAAAGACUUGGAAGUACUUUUAAUUCUGGUCAAUCGACAACGGAUCAUUAUAGUGAAAUAUCAGAUUCACUAUGGAGAGGAUCGUCUCCCGAAGAUGAUACAUCUAGAAACACACUACCAAAUCUCACAGACACUGAACUGUCGGUAGAUGUUGCCGACGGAUCAUCGUCCCCUAACGAAACAUCGGAAACUGCAACAACAUUAACUUCAGAAGAAGAAAAGUAUUGUUGGGUUUGCUUUGCAACCGAUGAAGAUGACGCCACUGCAUCAUGGGUCAAGCCGUGCCAUUGUAGAGGAACAACAAAAUGGGUUCAUCAAGGCUGUAUACAACGCUGGGUUGAUGUCAAGCAGAAAGGUAGAGCAGGCGAAGACGUCUCGUGCCCGCAAUGCAACACAGAGUAUAUCAUCAUAUAUCCAGACAUGGGUCCUUUGGUCGUUAUGUUGGAUACAAUGGACAGUGUGAUAUUCAGAGUUUGUCCAUUUAUAGCAGCUGGUAUAGUUGUCGGUUCGAUUUAUUGGACUGCUGUUACUUAUGGUGCUGUUACUGUAAUGCAAGUAGUUGGCCAUAAAGAUGGAUUAACUAUGAUGGAGCAGGCAGAUCCGCUUGUCUUGCUAGUCGGCUUGCCUACAAUACCAAUUAUGUUGGUUCUUGGAAAAAUGCUCAGGUGGGAAGAUCAGGCUUUGAGUUUAUUGAGAAGACAUGCUUGCAAAGUGCCAAUCCUCAGACAUUUUUUACCAAGCAGCUACAUUGAGGACGAAAGACUGCAAUCAUCGGACGUCCCACCAAUGAGUGAUCCAGUAUCUGCAACUAGAGUAUUGUGUGGCGCACUUCUGCUUCCUACGAUUGCUAGUAUUUGCGGAAAAAUCUUUUUUGAGAGCGUAAAUUCCAAUUUCCAGAGAACCUUGUUGGGCGGAAUGGCGUUUAUAACAAUCAAAGGCGCGUUUAAAAUAUAUCACAAACAACAGCAAUAUGUCCGCCAAUGUCAGAGACGAAUUAUGGAUUACACUGACAGCAAUAUUGCAUUAUAUCGAAGACAUCAAAAUGGUGAAAGUACAAUCAGCUAAACUUUGACGAUGAGUGAAGCCAUUCGAUAUCCAAUAACGAAUUUUUCAAAUAAAGCUUAGAAGCUUUUGUGCAUGACCCAAUAGAGUGACGACUAUGUUUACUGAGUUAAGGGGGUGUCGGAGCACCGUCUAAGUAAGCAAAUCGUAUUUCAAACUAUUUUUUCCCUGAGUCAUGGAAUCGUUUCAAAGUUUGGGAAAUGAUGGAGUCUACAACUGUGCUUGUGUAAGUCAUGAAGAAAGAUUCAGUAAAUUGGCGGAAACAUGAUAAACUUAUUUGCUGUCAACUCUCGCUUCUAUACUUUUUUAUUUUUCGAUAUUGUUGAGUUUAGAUGGUUCACUGCCAUUUUUUCCAUCAUUUCGUAAGAUUUGA